GUCCAGUUAAAAGGGCUGCUCUCGGAGUAUAAAGGGUCCAAAAUUAAGGGCUAGUUUUUAAAUCAAACAGCUAGCAUGAUGUGACUCGCCCGCUCUCGUUCAUUCACUCAGGAAGGGAUUCUGCGUUUUGCGCUUGAGAGCAGAAACCAAAUAUUCACGCUGGCUCUCGAAACCCAAGUUGGGGGAGAGCGGUUCUUUCGCGCUCUCGCUCGUUUUUUGUUUUGUUUUGUUUUGUUUUUUUGGUCGGAAGAAAGAAAACAGCCUCGCGCCCCAAUGUGCACAAAGACACGAAGUGGAAACCAGGACACACCCUCCCUUUAACCCGCCUCCAGCCCGAGCCGCCCGGCGCGAGGAGGCGGGCAGGCCGGGAGGAGGGCCUGGCGGUUGCGAGCGGGGCGAGCACAGCUCACAGCCAGCGCCGGGGCUCGGAGCUGCCGGGCGCCGACGACGAACCCGGCCACGCGGGGAGGAUGCCCGGCUAACUCCCCGUCGUGACCAGAGGAGGAUGAUGCUCCUGAGGGGCCCCAGGUUGUGGCGCCCGCGGCUGCCACCGACCCCUGGAACCCGGAGCCGCUCGCGGCCGCUGCAGCAGACGCUCCACAUGUUAUCUGUGAAGCUGUGUGGAAAUCAGAAAUGCUAUCAAUCAUACCUUUACAGUACAGUGCUGCCACCUGAUGAAAUAACAGUUAACUAUAGACAUGGCCUUCCCUUUAUAACACUUACUUUACCGUCCAGAAAAGAGCGCUGUCAGUUUGUAGUCAAACCAAUGUUAUCAACAGUUGGAUCGUUCCUCCAGGACCUACAAAAUGAAGAUAAAGGUGUCAAAACUGCAGGCAUCUUCACACCAGAUGGCAACAAGAUUCCAGCGUCAACCUUGAUGGAAAUUUUGCUAAUGAAUGAUUUUAAAGUUGUCAUUAAUAAAAUAACAUAUGAUGUGCAGUGCCCCAAGAAAGAAAAACUGAGUAGUGAGCGUGCUACUGAGAUGGAAAACAUGAGAUCCUUGGUUCACAGACUGUUUACAGUCUUGCAUUUGGAAGAGUUUCUGAUAAAGAGAGAGCGCCAUAUACUGGAGAAAAUUGACUGCCUUAAGGAAGAGCUGCAUUCCCUCGAACAGCUGAAAGCUAGAAUUGAAGCUCGCUCAGAAGCCAAAACCAGUGGACUCCUGUGGGCUGGAUUAGCACUGUUGUCCGUUCAGGGCGGGGCGUUGGCCUGGUUCACUUGGUGGGUGUACUCCUGGGACAUCAUGGAACCAGUUACAUACUUCAUCACAUUUGCAAAUUCCAUGAUCUUCUUUGCAUACUUUAUAGUUACUCGACAGGAUUAUACUUACCCAGCUUUGAAGAGUAGGCAGUUUUUACACUUCUUCCAUAAGAAAUCAAAGCAACAGCAAUUUGAUGUACAGCGAUACAACAAGUUAAAAGAAGACCUUGAUGAGGCACAAGAAUCGCUGAAACAUGUGCGCCAUUCUCUCUAUUUGCGAUUGCCAGUAGAAGAACACAAUGGCAAGGAUUAAUCUUACAUUUUUAAAUGUCAUAGAAUUUUUCCAUUACAUGUUGAUUUUGCAACUUAGAAACUGGAAGUUUUUGAGUCCCAUGGUUUUCAGUUUGGCUGUUUAAAUCAUUUUUUAGUUAAUAAAUUUUUUUUUAUAAAUCGUAA